UGGACCCCGGCGCGGCCUGGCCGUGGGGCCUGUAGGCGGGAAGCGUGCGCGGCCCAGGGCAGGGCUGAGCGAGAGCCGCUCGCUGGCGGAACAGCAGGAUUGUGACUUGCACUUGAACAAUCAGCAACUGGGAAAAUGCCAGAUUCUAAAAGUGAUCCGGUGUCUUUACAUGAGGAUGGUAUAAAUGAUACUUCAGAGUUAAGUGAAGUGAGCAUUUCAGAUGAGAAAGGAUCUGAAAGAAGGAAAAUGGCUGUGGCUGAGAAGAAUGGCUAUCACGACUCGGUGUACAUCAGCGCAGCUCAGAUCUUUCAAGGCAUUCAUACUGAAAAGCGUCGGGAUAGAACGUUGGUGCGGUACGGUGGUGACUCGGUGCCUCCCAUGGUGACUCUACGAGAUCAGCAUUCCCAGCGUGCAGCUUAUGAACUGGCUUUCAGUGCUCUGAAAUAUCAAGAUCUUCUGGAAGAAAUAUUGUUAGAUAGUUGUGUUUACCCAUGCCCAUCAAUACCAGAUGAACUGACCAGCUUGCUUGUUGUGAUGCUUUAUGACCUACAACACCGCAAGUUCGAACCACGACAAGUUUUUGAUGAAGAGGAGCCUGUAGCAGAAGUUCAGAAAAUAGAGCAUUAUCUACACAGUUUUAGGACCAAAUUUGCAGCUGCAGUAGCAAGAUGCCGCAUCAAGAAUGAUGCUCUUUCCAUUGAGCAGAUUCUACCAGAAACCAUUCAGAAACAGCAACAAAGGGUUUCUGCUUUACCUCUGUGUGUCUGGGUAAACACAUUGAGAAUCAGCCUUCAAGAUGCUUUCAGAGAUUUGAAGGAGGAGGGAUUCACAAGAGUUGAAUCUGUGGCAGACUUGGACCAUUGCACUUACUGUGUGGACCAGCAUUGCCAUGAUGUGCUGUUUUUUCCUUCCUCUCUUAAAGAAAAACUGCUGAAUUCAGAUCUUUUUGCAGAUUGCAAACUGCUAUUGCAGGACAAGUCUCGCAGCCUUGCUGUGCACUCUGCACAGGCACAGCUGGGUACAGAAGAUGACAUUGUAGUGGCUCACGUUGGUUCCCAUCUCACCAUUGCCCAUCUCUCAGCACUGACAGCUCAGAGCACGUCCAGGAUUUUUGUUUGUGGUGUAAAACCAUCGGCAAAAGCAGAUGAACUGAGCACCUUACUCAGUCACAUGGGAUGUGAAAAUAUUCAGCUGCUACAUGAAGACUUCAUUGAGCUUGAACCAAGAGACCCCAGACUCGAAAAGGCAAAAGUCAUUUUGCUGCUACCACAGUGCUCUGGGCUGGGUGUUGGCAAUCCAAUAGACUUUAUUAUAAAUGAACGUGGAGAUGCAGGAUUGCUGAGAGACAUCUUCCGAGGAUCAGUGUCUGAGGAUAGACUCCAUGUCCUGGCUGAGAGGCAGCUGAAUGAGCUGAGGCACGCACUGCAGUUUAAAGCAAAAGCUGUUGUUUACUGCACUUGUUCGGUUUACUCUGAAGAAAAUGAACUAGUGGUGAAAAAAGCACUGGAAUCUGGAGUGGAAGGAGACAAAAUGCAGCCAUAUAGGCUUAUUCCUCCUGUUUUUUCUUCUUGCUCCAAUUCAGAGGCUUCUACUGAAAGCUUUUUCAAACUGGAGCCAUCAGAUGUUUCCAGUGGCUGUUUUUUAGCUGUUCUAGCAAGAGAGAAAGGGUCUUCUGAAAGCCUGUCUGUUCAAGACAUUUUGGCUCGUGCUGCAGCAAAAGGACUGCUAGAUGGUGUCGUGGAAAAACCAAAGAGGGCCAAGAAGCAGAAAGGAACACAGCGCCGGCAGAACCUUAGCACCAGUGGGGCACAGCCAAAGGUCACCCAGCUUCACCGUCAGACCAUACCCAAAGUGAAGGCUGAGGUGUCUGCCUCUAAAGCAGUCAGUAAAGCAGAAGAGAAGAAGGUGAUCCAAGCAGAGAGCAGUGCUCAGGUGAAGAGCCCUAUCAAGCCCACUUCGGACACAGCUCGUUUGUCAGCCGCAGCCAAGGUGCGCGAGAGGCAGACUCCUGCCAGAAAGGCAGGCGCAGAACGCAAGAGGCUCGCGUGGAAGCCUGUGGAAAUUCGUUUGCCUCCACUUUUACCACCGCUGCCAGCAAACAAGCCCAGGGUGCAGGCUCAUCAGUGCUUGCAUUGCUGGGCUGGAGCACAAGGGCCCAGUGGUAGAACACGUGCACCGCUUCUGUCUAAAGUGGGCAAACCAGCUGUGCCGAGCCACCGAGCACGGCAGUGAGACUCUUUGGCCUCUGCCCUACCUUUGCACACAGGGAUUUGCAGCUUUGAACCACUUUGGAGGCUGAAGCAGUGAGAAUCUGGAUGUCUUAGCAAAAUACCAGAGCUGGUGGUGAAGAAGUUGAUUCUGCAGGUCAGCAGUUCACCUUGGAAGCAGGAACAUCUCAUGGUGGCAGCCUCUGGGCCUGACUUCGGCUUGCUUGCAUGUAGAGAAGCCUGCGUGCUCAGCUGAACGCUCGGUAACGUCUGAUAGUAAAGCUGUGUCUUGGGAACUCAUUUUCUGAAAUGCCAUUAGCUGUUGGUGAUUUUAAACCAGAACCUGUUGAUUUCAGCUCUCCAGGGAUAUAAAGUGUCCAUUCUCUUGCUAUUGCCUCUAAAGCAGCAGUGUACUUUUCCCUCCCCUCAAGCAGAGUUUGGAACAGAAGUGAUUUCUCGCUUUGAUGGACCAGUAACAAUUGAGACAAGCGUUUUAUGCAGCUAAAUUUAUUCUCAGAACAGAUUACAUUUAAAUGUGGAGAAGUGGUCAAUAGCAGGGAAAACUCUUCCUGUGGGUGUCAGUCAGGUGCUUCGGGUAGGACUGAACUCCGCUAACAAACAGUGGGGGGAGGUUCCCUUCUUUCUCACUGCUGUUCAGGAACUCAGACCUGCUUUGGCUGACUGCACAGCACAAGUGUUAGCAAGGUACUCGUGAACCUGCCCGAGCAGGAGUGAGUGGCUUCCUGAUGCUGCCGAAGGGCUGAGCCCCUAUUGACUGUUGAAAUGAGGAAGUUUCUCUUUUCCUAAUCAUUUUAGAUCCUGGUUAAAUGAUGUAUGAAAUGCUUGAUGAAAUUCAAAGGGAUGUAGAACUCCUAGCGAGGCAGAACUGGCAUAAGCUGUGAGCUACUCCGUGGUUUCUGUCGGGAAGGGGCCUCUUGUUCCCAUAGGCACAGGUGACUGCACACAAAACAGCUGACAAUUUUUUCUGAGGUUGGCCUUUUCUGCCUUCCCUUUAACCACCCUGUAAGGUGGCCCUUUUCUCUCUCCCACAUCCCUCUUGGCUCCCCUUCAAAUGAAAGUGUAAAACGGCUGAAAACAAACCUGCAGCCAGCACUGCAGAUUUUCAAAAGAAAGGGUUUUUUUUUGUCUGAGUCCUUGACUGUGAAUAUAAAAUCUCCUUGCUUCUGCAAGGAAGGGUAUUGAUGAGGUGGCUGAUGUGUGAUACUUACCCCUAACUACCUACUUGCAUUGAAAACAACCCAAAAGAAAAUUAAGAAAUUAGCUUUGCUUUACAUGUUUGGGGAUUUUUUUUUGUUUGUUUUCUUUUCCUUUUUUUUUUUCUACAGACUUCAAUAAAAAUGUGACUACAAAUAAUUACAAA